AUGAGAAAUAUUGUUCUGAUAAUUAUAGGUUUUACUGUCACAUUAUCAUUGGCAGAAAACAAAACCGAUACGCAGGCUUUAGAAGCGAGGAAUCAAAGUAUUGAAGGUUUAAUUUACAGUGAUGAUAAUUUGAAAAUUAGUGACAAUCUUAAGAAAAGAAAUUCUGGAUAUUCGUAUCCCAAGCCAAAUCGUGCAAAGUUUCGAAGUAGAUUUACUUCAAAUGGAUCUUCGAAAAAUCGAGGAAAAUUCUCGAGAUUAAAUGUACCCGUGAGACCUUUUGAAACAUAUGGGCCUCCAAAGCAAACUUCUCAGCAAUUCUCAAUCAAUAAUCAUCCAUCACGUAGACCUUCAAUUCAACAAAAUAAAAAUAAAUUUCAUUCAGGAGCUGAAGGUAUACGAUUUCCGUCAAAUAAUCUAGGAAUUGGAAAUUUUCACUAUGAAGUUCCUAGCCCAAUCAGAGAAACAGAUUUUAUAGAACCUAGCCCUAUAGCUAGUCAAAACGAAGAACCAUUUAAGGUGAAUUUUGCAAAUUAUUUGCCUCCCAAGAAUCAAAGACUUCCAAUUCAUCAAACCUCUUCAAUCUUCUUAACAAGUGCACCAUCUGCAAAUUCAGAUCAACACAUCAACAACCACAAACAAAAUUUAAUUAAUCAACAUCCUCCUAAUUUUCAAGUUUCGGAUGCUGCACAAUUUUUGGUCGAUCAUUCUCGAGCUAUUUCUCAAUUGUAUGAUGCACCAGCAUUGAAUAUAGACUAUGCACCCAUUAAUGAAGAUUCACCAUCAUUUGAUAAUCAAGGACCAAAUGUGAAUCUUAAUCUUCAAAAUCAAAAUUUGGGGCAUGAAACAAAUCAAAAAGAGCUUUUAAGUAUUCAAAAUCUGCAAAGGUCUUUUCCUUCAUAUGCAUCAGGAACUCUUGAACCUUAUCGUUCUUUGGAACAAAUUCAAUCUCUAGAAAAAGAUCGACUUAUUGCCCAGCUUCAGCAGGAAUUGGUUCAACGCCAAGUACAGGAUCCUUCUAGGUAUGCUCAGCAUAAUGAGGGUGAAAAUGAAAAACUUUUAUCAGUUCAAUCAUCGCAUUUAGAUAAUUCUGCAUCCAUCUUGGGUCUUCAGGGUGUUCCAUUCGGCACAAGACUAGAAAAUUCAUCAGGAAGGAAUUCACAAACAUCCAAAAUUGAUAGACCUUCCUUGACAUAUGGCUUUCCGACCAUCACCACCCCACUGCAAACCACCUCUUCGACAGCAAUCAGUAACGCGUCAGUUGAUCGACCUCAAAACAGUGGAGAAGGAAGCUCUCACGGAGGAACUUUAGUUCCCAUGUCAAGUAAACUACCCACGGUCUUUCCGUUUCCUCAAACUGGUGGAUUUAUACCAACUCUAAUUGCAGGCACGAACUUGGCGAGUCUACCAAGUUAUGGGACUACUUUUGUUGGUUCGAACUCGUUUCAUUCCCCUGGGCAGGUCAUUGAAUCCUCACCCACUCACUUUGACAUUCCAAUACCAACAAUUCCAAGUAAUAAUAAGCCAUUAAUUGGUGGCUCUACUUUAACUCCAACCUCGCCAAAACCAAUAGACUCUCCUGGAUCAUCAUCCUCUCUUCAUCCAAUCUCUUCUGCACCACUACAACCUAUUUUCCCAGCAAUUCCUACGGUUACACAAGUUCAAACGCCUGCUAGCCCACUACAUCCUACAUAUAAUCAACCCGCUCUUAUAAAUUCUGUUUUUCUUAAACCUGUUAAACCUGUCUAUCCACUGUAUUAUUAUCCAAAUGUCCCGUAUCAACUACAGAAACCUCAGUACGUUUUUCCCUGGAACUAUGCGCCAACUUAUGCUCAAGCCAAAUCCUCUGAUACAUCAAAGUAG